AUUGUCAAUCCCCCUACACCUUUUCUUCUUAUCCUGAUCCCCCACAUCUCAAAUUAAAGUAGUCUUCUCCACCCAUUUCUUUCUUUUCUUAGUCUCAUGUUCUCAAAUUUUGAACUUAUCAAGAGGCUAGAGCUUUGCAUCAAUUAAUCAAGGUAUGUCAUCUUCUACCUUUCUCUGCUACCAUGGAUAUCAUUUCAUUUAAUUUCCUCUUCUACCUUUCCACAACUCUUCUGUCAUGGACGCUAUAUAUAUUUUAAUUGAAUUUCAUCUUCUACCUUUCGACAUCUGAUAAGGGAUGGAUAGGAGUUAUGCAUCAAAUUCUCAAAACUCCCAUGGUCAGUACUAUGAGUAUGGCGAGUGGAUUCUUGUUGUAUAUUGUCACUGUAACCACAAACUGAAGUUACAGACUUCUUGGACUAAAGCGAAUCCUGGGAGACGUUUUUGGCAAUGUCCAAUGUUCAAAAGGGAGGUGUCAUGUGGAUUUAUGCAAUGGUUUGACCAACCAAUGUCUAACAAGCCAAAAAUGAUUAUUCCAGGACUACUGACAAAAAUAAACUGCCAUGAAGAAGAGAUUCAGAAUUUAACUAUGCAGCUUCAAGAAUCUGAGAAGAUGAUGAAAAAUUUGAAACUAGGAAUCUGCACUCCAUGAACAAGACACCAGCUGCACUCUUGUUUAUUGUGGUUGUCAUUUGUAGCGUAUAUCUUACUAAGAAAUUAAGUGGUUUUUAGUUUUUACGGUGAACGUAGAAACUAUACACAUUUGUCGUAGGAAUGAUCUCAUUAAGUAUGGUAAACAUGUAAUGAAUGGAGGAUUAUGGUUGUAAUAUGUAAUGAAUCAUCUUUAGUUAUGAGGAUGCAUCUUUGUAAUGAAAGGAGGAUUAUGGCUGUAUUUUAACAGUAAAAUACAUUGUGUUUAUAUAUUUCCUAGUUUGUAAGUAGCA